GGGGAAUAUGAAUUUGGCUUGAUGGACCCGACCAAGACGAAGGAUUCGAAGAUGAUGGCUGUAAGCCCACCAGAAAUGAAGCUGAACAACGUGCAACUUGUACCAGAACACCCAGAAAGCUUUGUUGGGGGUUCGACCUCAUUUGAUGCGUACCCACUGGAAAGUUCUUCCGAUUUCCUAAGCAACGAGAAUGGAGUGGUAUUCAUGCCACUCACCCCUACUGAUUUGCCGCUUUCUUUUCAAAAUAUUCAACCGAGGAUGCGACGCUCAACUCAUUUCAGUGAUCAAAUCGCCCAGCAACCGAUUUGCCAUGGGUUCUUCUUCCCAUACUCUUCAACAGAGAACGCCCCGGAGAGGACUUUUGAUGCACAAUCCAUUAUUCCUCAGACCUGCGCAACAGCGAGCAUGCCAAUUCAGAGCGAUGAACAACAUUUCUUGACAGCUUCACGAACAGCUGGCCUUCCUAAUACUCCAGACAACGAACUGCAGUUACUGCUAUUGCAAAAGCUUAUCGCCCUCCAACUGGCUAGUCAUCUAUCCAGUGCAAAUCCAAACGGACAAGAAAUUGACGACUCCGCCCUUCCGUACAAUCCACCAUUAGAGGUUCCUCCGACAUUUCCUCCGGACAAUCUUACUGCAAUCCCGCUCACUCAGCUAGAACAAAACAUGUCUACGUACCUAAUACCCGUUGAAGCAACACUUCAUGACAAUCGUGGGUUAGCACUACAUGUCACACCAAGAAGUGACAUCCCUGACGCUACUUCCAGUCCAGGUUUGAAAAUGGAGUGUCCAACAGAUCAGCUCGUAUUGUAUCCAUAUUCAACCAAACAGGCUCCUAUCAGUAACCAGGACGCUUCUCCGGAUACAGCGACAUUUGAUGGGCAGCAAGCUGCGCCUGCACAAACCCUAACAAUGACCGAUAUUAAGAACUGUAUUCGUAGAGGUUCGUUGGAACUUCCUUUGGAUAAUAACGAUGAAAUUGUCAAUAGUAUCAAGGGGCACAAAAAGCCAGGAUUUGUUCUUCUUAGUAUACGGCAUGAAAAAGUGGCUUCUGAAGACAAAACAUCUACGCAAACUACGCCUCUUAAGGCUGCAGCGGGAGUAAAUUUUCGAUUGCCAGAUUUUCGCCACUCCAGUGAAAGACCUAGUACGUCUAGUGUGGCACAAGCUUCAAGACGCGCAAAUAAGCGACGGCAAAGACUACUACGAGCUGAUACUGACCCUCAGAGACGUUCCUUAAGGAAGACUCCACGACUAAACUCCAAAGUUUUGGACGACGUGCAACAGCCUUCAGGGGUUAGCGUUGAACAAGCCGCACUAACUACCAUAUCGCGCUUCCGUGUCAGCAGAUUCGCGGACAAGAAACAAGUUUGGCUUGCUCCAUCUGGAACUGGCUGCUUCACAGUGCAUGACCUCUGGACAACGAAAUUGCCCGAUUACGUGAUGAAAAAAAUUAAACAGCUUGAAAAGGGGAUUGAACACGAUCAAGCAGAUGCCUCAGUGACGGAAAAGAACUAUUUUGAUAGUGGUGCUGUGCCAAAUACAUGCUGCACAAUGUGCCAAUCCACACAACGUGAGUCUUCGCACUGUCCGUUUGUGAAGUGGAUGAGAACUAAUUGGAAGUAUUUUCUCUGGCGCGUGUAGCCAAACCCUGUGAAUGCGGAAGAGAUAUACCACCCCAACUUGCCCACUAGUCGUAUAGAAGAUGCAUUACUUCACGCACAGAUGCACAGCUCUGUCGUCCCCUUCGGUCGCGCCAUUACCCAUCCAAUACCGCCUCUUCGUUCAAUUUUCACUAAGGUGAAUGGUGGUGAAAACCACAGUCAGAAAUUUCCAUUUGUCCGCACUUUGAUACAAAUAGUGCAUCGACAAAGACCGAAGUCAAAAUAGCCCAUCUCUACUGGUAGUUUUCAACUUCCGCCAUCUCCCAAUUCCAACUUUCAGUAAUAGUCUCCGAUUUGAUUUGAUUUUGUUUUGUUAUUUUAUCAGAUUCCUUAUUUUUUGUAUAGAUGAGUAUUUGUCCAAACGUGGUUCAUUUUGUCUGCACUCCCGUAAGGGAAGGUUGUGUGUUUGGAUCUCAGCUGAAUGAGAGAAUCUCAGUACCAAA